AUGGUCUCCUUCCAGCUGGACUGUUUUGCGCUGGAAGAGAAACACACCUCUGAGUAUCUGGCAAAGGAACUUCUGUGGAUUGCUUCAGAGUGGAACAUAGAGGACAAAGUUGCUGCCUGUAUUACAGAUGGUGCUGCCAAUAUUAUAAAAGCCAUGGGGUCCAAGGAGGCAGGGGGAACCGGAUGGCCCCAUGCAAUUUGCUUCGCCCAUCAGCUGAACCUCAUUGUGCACAAUGGUAUUAAGAGCUUAGAAACUACAGUGGACAAAGUCAAAGCCAUUGUGCAGUAUUUUCACAAAAGCACCCUAGCAGCAACAGAACUGAAGAGGCAACAAAAGAACUCAGAGUGUCCAGAACUGCGUCUCAAGCAGGAAUGUCCAACACGAUGGAAUUCCACUUUCACCAUGUUGAAAAGGAUGCUUGAGACUAGAGAACCAGGGAUCAUCACAAUGGCCUUGCUGAAUGUCGACCUGCCUCACCUAUCACUAGAGGAGUGGGGGAACAUGAAAACAGUCUGUGACAUCCUGCAGCCCUUUGAUGAAGUCACAGUAGAGCUUAGUGCUGAGCGGUAUGUGUUUUUAAAAUAUUAUUGUAUUGUCAUACUCUAAUACUGUGAUGUUUCACUUGCACACAAACAAGGUCAGUUAAUCAAGUUUUAGGCUCCUGCUUGUCUGUCUUGACCUCGGUCAUUAACAUGGGAUCUGGAAGACUUUACUGUAGAUAGGACAGUAAAGAUACACAAGCAAAUUGACUGACUACUGACUAGUUGCUUAUUGUACAACAACAAUAACAACAACAGCAACUACUGCUACUGCUACCAAUAAUAACAUUAUUAAUAGUGUUAUUGUUAUUAUUAUAAAUUUAUAAAAAAUAAGAGGCCUAAUCUUUCUUUCUCUUUCUUUUAUUUAUGUGACUAUGUCAAAGGUGCUUCUGCUGAUGAGAGGUCUGCACAGGCUAAGGGCAAACUACCAUGGUGGGCCCCUGAGAGAUCCGGUGAAGAAACUGGUGGACACAAUGCUGAUGAAAAUGGAACACAGGUUCUGCAGAAUUGAAGCAAAUGAUUUGUACCCCCAGGCAGCAGCAUUGGACCCCAGAUUUAAACAGAAGGCCUUCAGGUGGGAAAAGGACGCUGAUAGGACCUAUAGGCACCUCACUAAUAUGGCAGCUGCGGUGACAUUCCCCAACCAGCAGGCUGAGGAAGAAGAGGGUCCACACGCACAAAGGGAGCUCUAACCAGGACAGCAGUGUCUGGAGAGAAUUUGAUGAGGACACAACUGGGCUUCAGGACACUAGGAAUCCAACAGCUGAAGCUGUAAUGGAGGUUUGUGCAUUUAGGGAAAUGGCUCGGAUUACCAGGUCCUCAAACCCUCACAUGUGGUGGGCUCAUCAAAAGAGUUCCUAUCCAAGGCUGACUCAAGUGAUGAAGACUAGACUCUGCAUUGUGGCCACAUCUGUGCCAUCAGAGAGGGUUUUCAGCAAGACAGGGCAGCUAAUAUCAGAGAGAAGGAAUCGGCUCAGUACGGCCAAAGUCAGCCAGUUGGCGUUCCUUAAUUUUAACCUGAAAUAA